AUGGAUGGGGCUAGAUCCUCCGUCCUCGCCGAAUCCGAUCCCACGGAUUCUAUACCAGUACAUGGUUUAGAUUAUGAAUCAAACAUCACUAUCGAAUCUUUACUCAAAGGUUUCAAAUUUGGUGGAUUCCAAUCCACGCAUCUGGGUUUAUCAGCCGAAAUAAUUGAUUGUAUGCUUAGAACGCGGCAACAAUGUGAAUUAGAAACUGGCACGGAGUUUGAAAAUAAGGGAUAUAAGAUAUUCAUAAGCUUCACUAGUAACAUGAUCUCUUCUGGAAUCAGAGAAGCUUUGGUUUACUUGGCCAAACAUAGGCUAAUAGAUGUACUAGUAACCACAGCUGGAGGAGUGGAAGAAGAUAUUAUCAAAUGCCUUGGAAACACUGUACUGGGAAGUUUUAGUAUGAAAGGCAGUGAACUUAGAGAUAAGGGAUGGAAUCGCAUAGGCAAUUUGAUUGUUCCCAACGAAAAUUACUGCCUUUUUGAAAAAUGGAUUCAGCCACUACUGGACGAAUUGUGGCAAAUCCAAAAUAAAACUGGUAAAAUUUGGACACCAUCAGAAAUGAUUGACUUUUUUGGUAACAAAAUAAAUGAUCCAACAUCUCUGGCGUAUUGGUGUCACACUAACAAAAUCCCAAUUUUUUGUCCAGGCCUAACUGAUGGGUCUUUGGGUGACAACAUUUUCUUCCAUAGCUAUGCAAAAUCUGAAAAUCCACUAAUAGUGGACAUUGCUGCAGACAUACGUAAAAUCAAUGAUAUUGCGAUACACGCGAAACACACGGGCAUAAUCGUUUUGGGCGGUGGUCUGCCUAAACAUCACAUUUGCAAUGCCAAUUUGAUGCGGAAUGGAGCAGAUCAUGCUGUAUACAUUUCAACUGCCCAAGAAUAUGAUGGUAGCGAUUCCGGAGCACAGCCUGAUGAAGCUGUUAGUUGGGGAAAGAUCAAAUCCAAUGCAAAUCCAAUUAAGGUACAUGGAGAUGCUACUAUUAUCUUCCCAUUACUAGUGGCUGGAGUAUUUAAGAAGUUUGUCAAAAAUAGCUUGUAG